AUGGCGGACGAAGCUCGCUCUCCGGCCAAAAAGCGAAGGAAAACCGAGAAGAGAAUCUUUGAUCGGGACAAGAAGAUUGAAGAACAAGAGCAGUCGGCUAAGGCAACAAGUAAAAUGAUUUAUUAUAGCAAUGCCUAAAUUAUUUGUUUCGAGAUCAAAUAUUAUGGAAAUGAAAUGCUCGAAGUAUAAAAGUUACAAGGCAGGCUUAAUUAAAUUGCAGUUAAUAGAAUUUGAAUUGAAGUCUGAUGUUUUUAACUUUUCGAAACUUUCCACCAUCUUUAAAAGUUAUCCUUCAAAUUUAUACUCUUUCAAAUCUUUCCGAGAGAAAGAAAUCUAAUCAAACUCGAUGCAAUUGCAGCUGUUUAUACGAUACUGUUAAGUAGGUGACAUUUAGCAAGCGCCCUGCGAAAGGUAAUCAGCUUGAAAAUUGUAUUUCCACAAUUUACAUCGGUGAGUGACCUCAUCAACCUUAUUCUAAAGCGUUAGGAUUAGAUCUUAACUGACGAGAUGAAGCUUUAUUUUUUUUCCAGACAAAGAGGAGACAAACGUCUCAGAUGUCAAAGACAAACUGAAAGAAGCACUCAAAGUUGACCUUCCUCAAGAUUUCUUUGAUUUUUGGGAGUUUUGCAAGACCAUCAAAAGCGAUAAUCCAUGUGGUAACUUUAAAAUUUGUUAACUCUUAUGCUUAAGAUUUUAGCAUACUUUCUCCUUAAUUAGGGCUAUAUACUUUUCAGUCUGUUAGUUCAGAGAAUUUGUUGCCAGCCAGAUAAUUUUCUUCAUCCUCCUCAUCUCUUACUAGAGAAUAUGUUGAAUUUUUUAGAGAGAAAUUGGAACUUUGAUUAUAUGAAGGAGUGAAGAGGUUUUCUACAAUCAGCUGUCAAAAAUUAAUUGCUUUCCUUUCUUCCCAAUUAUCAUUUUGUUCUUAACCCUUUCACUCCCACAAGUGACCAAGACAGAAUUUCUCCUUACAAUAUCAAUACAAUAUCAAGCAGGUAGGUGAUGAGAAUAGAGAAGAAUAUCAAUUAUGUGAUUAUUUGUUGAUCUAAUACCAAGUUCUCUAAACUAAUAUCAUAAGAAUUGUUUGGCAGAUAGUAAGGAGAAUUACUAAUUAGAUCUUGGAAGUGAAAGGGUUAAUGACAGAAAAUGAACACCACACUUAGGGUGGAUCAAUUUGCAGAAUCCACCAACAGGACUCUAGAUAUUUAUUUUGUUCUCUUCAUCUGUAGGGGCAUUAAGUGAUUCUCUUGGCUUAAAGCUGGUUGGUCCAUAUGAUAUAUUAUCUGGAUCAUUUGAUGACAUCAGUGAGUCAGACAUCACAUCAUAUCACCUCCAUUGGAGAUAUUACUAUGAUCCACCAGAAUUCUUAACUGUCCUAAAAGGGGAUGAUAAAACAGGAUAUCAUGUGGGUUAUUACAGGUAAGAUCUGUGAACAAAAUUAUCAACAAGAACAUUUAAAUGAGCAAUGCUGUAAAGUUUUGUGGCUUUAUUACUGACCCAGGAAAUAAACUUUUACAAGAAAUAAAUAUUCAAAUGUUGAUAUUCUGUAGUACAGAACAAGAGAAACACAAUUUAUCGAGGAUAGUAAAGAUUGGCUACCUUAAGUUAGCUCAGAUUACAAUUGGCAAAUGUGAAUCAUUUACAAUAUACCACUUUGUUGUGAGUUUGAACACUGUUCUUGUGCAGGCCUGUAAGAGCACAACAGAAUGGAAACAGAACAUUAAAUUAUUAAUAGCUAUAUUGAUAACAGAACAGUCAGGUCAAAGGCCUAUAUUCCUUCAGAAUACAAUGCACUAAGUGUAGUAACUGAGUAAAUAUAUAUGGGUCAAUGCCUCUAGUAAUUAAAACAUAAGACGAAAGAGUUUGGCAACGGAAAAGAGACUUGGAGUUAGUGCCUUGAUGAAAAAUUUACCAUUACCAGACAUAUUUUAAUCAAUUAAUUUCCUUGUGUAUCAGUUAUACAGCCAUUGACCAUAACCAGCUCUUGUUGUUUCUCAGAGAUGACCCUAAGAGUCCUCCUGUGUUUGUAGCCUCUAACCAGGCUGAGAAGACUUGUGAGUUCACAGUGCUAGGAGAAAACCUUUUCGCUGCAGUCAGGUAAAUAAAAUUAACUGUUGGCUAAGGAGAUGGUCACCUCCUCAACAGUUGUUUUCAGUUAAAUUAUUGCCCUCCCACCCCUAGACACUUUCCAGUCCAGGAAGCACAUAAUAGCACUCAAGUUUAGGAUUAAUUUUAAUACACAAGGAUUAAUUUCAAUACUCUUAUUAUAUUAACUGCCAUCUGACAAUGCCUGUCUGUUCUUCUCUGACAUUGCGUUGUAGCAAGUUCCUUAGCGAUUUUAUGAAGAUAUCCAGUGCUAAAUCCAAACAAAAGUCACUGAAAGCUCUACAAGCUUCAUUGACAGUGCAAGCAAAAAAGUUGAAAUACAGCAUUGAGAUAGUAACACCUGCAAUCAAAGCUAGGAACAAGAGGGUUGUUAGCAAGACUUUUCAUAAAGCUGGGAUUGUAGUCCCUGUGGAUGCAAAUGAUGUUGGAUAUCGCCCUCUUACUGUGACUGAUGGUGAGUUCUGGUGACCAUUGCUUUGAUCUAAGGGGUAACCCCAUUCAAAACUUUCCAUAUGUAGUACACACUGAAAUGUGCCUAGCAACCUAUGUGGGUUCAGAUUAGUGGUUGGAUUCUCAGGUCUAUGCUUAUUUGAUUUUCAGGCCAAAGCCAAAAUUGCUUAAACCUGGUAACAAUUUUCUCUCACUUUGCAAUUGUCCUUAAUUCUUGGCAAACAGGUGAACUGAAGAAAAUUCUGAAGCGUAUCACGGAAGGUAAAACUGAAAGAGAGAAAGAGCAAGGUUCGGAAGAUCUCCAAGAAAUCAUGACUCUGGUACAGUUUGCGAAUGACGAAUGUGAUUAUGGCAUGGGACUUGAGCUGGGACUAGACCUGUUCUGUUUUGGAAGCGAACGUUUUCACAACACCAUCUUACAGCUGUUGCCUCUUGGGUACAGAUUACUUGGCAGAGAUGAGUUUGCGGAGAUAGCAGAGAUUCAUGUCAAGAACCGAAACAGGGCUUCACUAACCCAACUUCCAUCCUGAUUGAAUGAACUUUCAUGUUUAUCACGUUUCACGCAUCUCACGCAUCUCACGCAUUCUAUUAUGGAGUUCAGAUAACAGCGAAAGAAACCUCGUUGAAACCAUUUUAGUCAUGUAUAGCAUCUUAGAUAUAAUCGCAAAACAGGCUCCGAAAUAUUUUUUUUUAACUUUCGCGCCAAGUGGCGAUUAAAUAGCUUUGUCUCAAUCGAUCGAAUGGAACAAUUUUGUUGCCAAAAUGAAUUCAUAAACAGCUGAAAGCACAGAAAGAAAUUUUGCCAUAAACUUCGCGGGAGUUGGAUACUUGCAGCGCGUGUAAAGGACUGGGACCUAAUAGCCGGUUAGAGCAUGCGCAUUCCGCACAUUUUAAUGCCAUUAAAACGGCGGCCAGUCGUGAAUGAUGAGAGGAUAUACGCCUUUGACAGAAAUUAAUUGCUAUUGUGUCAGAGAUACCAUAAUGAGCUAAUCUUUGUAACGGUACCCCGUAUGAGGAGCUUAAAGCGGCGUCAUUCAGGCUUAUGUAGACGGAAUGUUUGUGAAGAUAAAGUAGAACUUUGGAAGACCGCGAGAAAAAGAUAAAUGCUUAAAACAAAGUAAUGAAUUUUUAUGUGGUUGUGCUGUGAUUUUCUCAAGUCUUGCCGCAAAAGUGUAUGAAUCUACAACAGUGUACCACGUCGAUACAUUUCAAGUUAUGAAUCAACCUGAGGACAUGGUUUAAUAAAGCCAUAAUCUCUUCAAAUCCAAGAGAGGAUUUUCG